AUGUCGGAAGAAGAACCCAUACAGCUGGCCUGGGCAUGCCUAACCUCCACUGAACGGCUUCGGCAGAUGAGGGUGGGUGAAUGUCUCUACCGCGAACAGACUGUCCAUUUCUUCACCACCUCCUCCUGCCCCCACUACCUCCUGCUGACCACCUGCUGGUUGAUCCAACCCCUACCUGUCCCUGGUCACCCUUGGUCUCACAUUGCCCCGGAUUUCGUCACUGGUCUACCACCUUCUCAUGGUGACACUGUUAUACUCACCAUAGUGGAUCGAUUUUCCAUAGCUGUUCACUUUGUGGCACUUCCCAAACUCCCAACUGGCCAGGAAACCACAUAUUUCCUCACCCAUUACGUCUUCCGUCUUCAUGUUGUGGGAACCCAGCCAGUGAUCUCUAUGGAGGGCUACAGUAUUGGUAAAGGGGUCAGUCUACUGUGUGAAUCAAAUGACUGGUGGCCUGAAGCUGAAGUUGUGUGGCUGGACAAUGAUGGAAACCUUCUCCCUGCUGAAGAUACAGAGACACUCAGAGACCCAGAAAGAUUCCAUGUUAAAAAACGUGUCACUGUACAGGACAGUAACACCAACAGGUUCUACUGUAGAAUAAUGCUGAGGGACCAUAUGAAGGAGACGGAGAUUGUUAUAUCAAAUCAGUUUCAGGUUGUUGGUCCAGAUGGUCCUCUUCUUGUUGGAGCUGGUGAAGAUCUGAUUCUGCCCUGUUCUCUCAAACCCAACAUCAGUGCUGUGGACAUGACAGUGGAGUGGUUUAAACUUCCCACAUCAGACUCACUGGUGCAUUUAUAUGAAAAUGGCGUCGACAGGAGUGAAGAUCAAAUUCAGUCUUACAGAGGGAGGACAUCACUGUUUAAAGAUGAACUACAGAAAGGCAACACUUCAUUAAAACUCUCCAGAGUGAAAGUCUCUGAUGAGGGAGAAUACAAAUGUUUAAUCCGAUCUGAACGCUGGUAUGAUGAUGUUACUGUUCAAGUCAAUGUUGAAGCUAUAGGCACCUACCCAGUGAUCUCUAUGGAGGGCUACAAUAUUGGUAAAGGACUCAGUCUUCUGUGUGAAAUUAAAGGCUGGAACCCUGAACCUGAAGUUCUGUGGCUGGACAGUGAUGGAAACCUUCUCCCUGCUGAAGAUACAGAGACACUCAGAGACUCAGAAAGAUUCCAUGUUCAAAAACGUGUCACUGUACAGGACAGUAACACCAACAGGUUCUACUGCAGAGUAAUACUGAGAGACCAUAUGAAGGAGGCAGAAACUGUUAUAUCAAUAUUAACACACACAUUUAGAUCAACAUUCCCUGCAUUUUCCACAGUGAAAGUGACUCUGGAUCCUGAUACAGCUCAUCCACUACUCAUCCUGUCUGAGGAUUGUAAACAAGUGACUCAUGAGGACACAUGGCAGGAUCUCCCUGACAACCCAAAGAGGUUUCAGUGUUGGUACUGUGUCCUGGGAAAGGAGGGGUUCUCUUCAGGGAAAUUUUACUAUGAGGUGCAGGUCAGCGGGAAAUCUCACUGGGCUUUAGGAGUGGCCAGAGCGUCAGUAGAGAGGGUGAAUCCUAUUAAAUGGUGCCCUGAGAAUGGAUUCUGGACUGUGGGUCUGUGGGAUGAGAGUGAGUAUGUGGCUGUUUUUGGUCCCUCUAUCUUUCAUUCUCUGAAACAGAAACCCCAGAAGGUGGGGGUGUUUGUGGAUUAUAAGGAGGGUCUGGUCUCCUUUUAUAAUGUGGAGGCCAUGUCUCAUAUCUACUCUUACACUGGUCAGAUUUUCAAUGAGGAAAUUUAUCCAUUCUUCGACCCAUGGCAUAAUUAUGGAAGCAAAAACUCUGCUCCACUGAUCAUCACUCUUUAA